CAUUAGCUUUUGGAUGGACUUUGCUACAAUGGAGAGAACUGUGUUAUAGCCCUGGUCCAAGGACAUUACCAUUUAUUGCCCAUAGACUGUGGGGUGAGUGUGAAAGUCUCCAAAGAGAAGGAGCAUUUGGCAAGUUUGCAGACACCCUGGAACAUGGAAGCAAGCACGCUUUGAAACGCACAGCUUUGGUGACACUCCAUGAGUCUGCAGGGCUUUCACGCGAAUUAGCACUUAAGAUCUUGUGUAACAAAAUGGACACUGGGGACACAGCUCUAGGACAAAAAGCUACCUCAAGGUCUGGAGAAACUGAUAAAGCGUCAGGUAGAUGGAGACAGGAGCAAUCAGCUGUUAUUAAGAUGAGCACUUUUGGCAGUCAAGAAGGACAGCGGCAACCACAAAUAGAUCCGGAGCAAAUCGCAAACACAGCAUCAGCACAACUCUUCGGUUCUGGGAAACUGGCCUCCCCUAGCGAGGUGGCCCAGCACGUCACAGAGAAGCAAUACCCACUGCACCGUCCGAGUCCUUAUUCAUGCCAACAUUCACUCUCCUUCCCUCAGCACUCAGUGCCACAGGGUGUCAUGCACAGCAACAAGCCACAUCAGAGCCUCGAAGGCCCUCCGUGGCUUUUCCCUGGCCCUUUGCCAUCUGUUGCCUCCGAGGACUUAUUUCCUUUUCCAAUCCAUGGCCACAGUGGUGGUUAUCCGAGAAAGAAGAUUUCAAGUUUGAACCCUGCUUUUAGCCAAUACUCCCAGAAAAGUAUCGAACAGUCAGAAGAUGCUCACAAGAAAGAGCACAAACCCAAGAAGCCCGGCAAGUACAUUUGCCCUUACUGCAGCAGGGCAUGUGCCAAACCCAGCGUGCUGAAAAAGCACAUCAGGUCCCAUACCGGGGAGCGGCCAUAUCCAUGUAUACCAUGUGGUUUCUCUUUCAAGACAAAGAGCAAUUUGUACAAGCACAGGAAGUCGCAUGCCCAUGCAAUUAAGGCAGGCUUGGUCCCUUUCACAGAGUCAGCUGUCUCUAAAUUGGACCUAGAGGCUGGUUUUAUUGAUGUAGAAGCAGAAAUACAUUCAGAUGGUGAGCAGAGUACAGACACCGAUGAGGAGAGUUCUUUAUUUGUUGAGGCUUCUGACAAAAUGAGUCCGGGCCCACCCCUCCCUUUGGACAUUGCCAGCAGAGGGGGCUACCACGGGUCAUUGGAAGAGUCACUGGGAGGCCCCAUGAAGGUGCCGAUUCUGAUUAUUCCUAAAAGCGGGCUUCCUUUGCCUAAUGAAAGCUCUCAGUAUAUUGGCUCUGAUAUGCUCCCCAAUCUGUCUUUAAAUACUAAGGCUGAUGACUCUCACACGGUGAAACAGAAACUUGCACUAAGGCUGUCAGAGAAGAAAGGACAAGAUUCUGAGCCAUCGCUAAACCUCCUGAGCCCGCACAGUAAAGGCAGCACUGACUCUGGUUAUUUUUCUCGCUCAGAAAGUGCAGAGCAGCAGAUAAGCCCCCCAAACACAAACGCAAAGUCUUAUGAAGAAAUCAUCUUUGGAAAAUACGGUCGGCUUAGUCCCAGAAACACACUCAGUGUUACAACCACAAGUCAGGAGCGCGCCACGAUGGGUAGGAAGGGGAUGAUGGAGCCAUUACCUCACGUCAACACCAGGUUAGACGUCACGAUGUUUGAAGAUCCUGCUUCACAGCUGAUCCCCAGCAAAGGAGAGAUGGAUCCCAGUCAGACGAGCAUGCUGAAAUCCACUAAAUUCAACCAUGAGUCUAGACAAUCCCAGGCUAUCCCAUCGUCUGUCAGGAAUGAAGGAAAACUUUACCCUGCGAACUUCCAAGGCAGCAACCCGGUUCUCUUAGAAGCUCCUGUGGACUCUUCACCCCUAAUUCGAAGCAACUCGAUGCCAACUUCAUCAGCAACGAAUCUAAGUGUACCCCCUUCUUUGAGAGGAAGCCACUCAUUCGAUGAGAGGAUGACAGGUUCCGAUGACGUGUUCUACCCAGGGACCGUGGGAAUCCCCCCUCAGCGCAUGCUCCGCAGGCAAGCUGCGUUCGAGCUGCCUUCGGUCCAGGAGGGGCACGUGGAGGCGGAGCACCACAGCAGGAUGCUGAAGAGCAUCUCAGGUUCAUCCUUGAAGGAGAAGAAACUGAUUCCCGGGGACAGGGGAGGCUAUGACUACGACGUCGGCCGGAAACCUUACAAGAAGUGGGACGACUCUGAAACACCAAAGCCAAGCUACAGGGACAUGCCCUGCGUGAGCUCCCUAAAGCACGGCGGAGAGUAUUUCGCGGAUCCCUCGGGGCCGUCGCAGGGCGUGCCAAGCAUGUUCGGAACCACGUGUGAAAACAGGAAGCGCCGGAAGGAGAAGAGUGUGGGAGACGAGGAGGACACCCCCAUGAUCUGCAGCAGCGUGGUCAGCGCGCCCAUGGGCCUCAUGGCUGCAGAGUACGACCCCAAGUUGCAGGUGCAGGAAGGCGCGCGAAGCGGGUUCGCCGUGGCUGGGCACGAGGGCGCUCCCCACGGCCGAAGCCCGUCUCUCGGGUCAGAGGAGUUACCUGCAGCCACUGAUCCAGAAAAGAUGGCAGACCUCGGGGGCAGGAAGCCCCCGGGGAACGUGAUUUCUGUGAUCCAGCACACCAACUCUCUGAGCCGACCCAAUUCCUUUGAAAGGUCCGAGUCGUCCGAGCUGGUGGCCAGCGCCCAGGAGAAGGCCUCUUCGCCGUCGGAGCCCCCGCAGGCGUACCACGCGCAGCCCCGGCUGGUCCGCCAGCACAACAUCCAGGUUCCGGAGAUUCGCGUGACGGAGGAGCCCGAUAAGCCGGACAAGGAGAAAGAAGCGCAGAGCAAGGAGCCGGAGAAGCCGGUGGAGGAAUUUCAGUGGCCGCAGAGGAGCGAGACGCUGUCCCAGCUGCCCGCCGAGAAGCUGCCGCCCAAGAAGAAGCGGCUGCGCCUGGCGGACAUGGAGCACUCCUCCGGGGAGUCCAGCUUCGAGUCCACGGGCACCGGCCUCUCUCGCAGCCCCAGCCAGGAAAGCAACCUGUCCCACAGCUCCAGCUUCUCCAUGUCUUUCGAGAGGGAAGACACCGUGAAGCUUGCCGCCCCGGGUAAGCAGGAUGAGUUUGGGAAGCAUUCGGAGUUCCUGACGGUCCCCGCUGGGUCCUACUCGCUGUCUGUGCCCGGCCACCACCACCAGAAAGAGAUGCGGCGCUGCUCCUCCGAGCAGAUGCCUUGCCCGCACCCAACUGAAGUCCCAGAAAUUCGGAGCAAAUCCUUUGAUUAUGGGAACCUGUCCCACGCUCCGGGGGCCGGGGCGCCGGCCUCCACCUUAUCCCCGUCCCGGGAGAGGAAGAAGUGCUUCCUGGUGCGGCAGGCUUCCUUCAGCGGCUCUCCCGAGAUCGCCCAGGGCGAGGCGGGCGCGGACCUGGGCGUGAAGCAGGAGCAGAUGGAGCACCUGCACGCCGGCCUGAGGUCCACGUGGCCCCACGGCCCGUCCUCUGUGCUGCCCCCUCUCCAGGCAGAGGACCCAGGGAAGCAGCUGGUGGGUCCUUGUGCCCAGCUGAGCUCAGGGCCACUGCACCUGGCCCAACCACAGCUCAUGCACAUGGACAGCCAAGAAGCUCUGAGGAAUCCCUUGCUACAACCAACAUCCUAUCUGACAAGCAAGCACUUGUCUGAACAGCCACAUUUAUUUCCACACCAAGAGACCAUCCCGUUUUCUCCCAUCCAGAAUGCCUUGUUUCAGUUCCAGUAUCCAACCGUCUGCAUGGUUCACUUACCCGCUCCGCAGCCUCCUUGGUGGCAGGCCCAUUUCCCACCUCCCCUGGCGCCACACCCUCAGAAGAGCUACAGCAAGCCUCCUUUCCAGGCAGAAAUCCAUCCUAGCUAUCCCCUGGAGUACGCCGCAGAGCACACUGGAAAGAAAGCCGCUGAUUAUGCGCACACAAAAGAGCAAGCUUACCCGUGUUAUUCAGGAACAUCAGGCCUACACUCAAAGAACCUCCUUCCAAAGUUUCCGUCGGACCCGAGCACCAAGUCAAUGGAUACUCCCUCCGAGCAGGUUCUUCAAGAAGAUUUCACCUCGGCAGCCGCUGGGCCUUUGCAGUCCUUACCGGGAACAGUGGUUCCUGUUAGGAUCCAGACCCACGUUCCGUCCUAUGGGAGUGUCAUGUACACAAGCAUCUCUCAGAUACUUGGGCAGAACAGUCCUGCGAUUGUCAUAUGCAAAGUCGAUGAGAAUAUGACCCAAAGAACACUGGUAACCAAUGCGGCCAUGCAAGGGAUAGGGUUUAACAUUGCCCAGGUGUUGGGGCAGCAUGCAGGCUUGGAAAAAUACCCCAUCUGGAAAGUACCUCAAACCUUACCCCUCGGCUUAGAAUCCUCAAUCCCCUUGUGCUUACCUUCCACCUCGGACAGUGCCGCCUCCCUGGGAGGGAGCAAGCGGAUGCUCUCUCCAGCCAGCAGCUUAGAACUCUUCAUGGAAACGAAGCAGCAGAAAAGGGUAAAGGAAGAAAAGAUGUACGGACAGAUUGUGGAGGAGCUCAGUGCUGUGGAGCUAACCAACUCAGAUAUCAAAAAGGAUCUCUCCCGCCCGCAGAAACCCCAGCUGGUUCGACAAGGCUGUGCUUCUGAGCCAAAGGAUGGCUCGCAGUCGGGGUCAUCUUCCUUCUCCUCAUUGUCGCCCUCCUCAUCUCAAGACCAUCCCUCUGCCAGCGCGCCCCUAAGGGAGCCAUUCCCUCCCAGCUCCAGGGCACCCUCUCUCUCGCAGAAGUCCAGUGGGCCUUCUGAGAGCAAAGAGUCCUCAGAUGAAUUAGAUAUUGAUGAGACAGCCUCCGAUAUGAGCUUGAGCCCACAGAGUUCCUCAUUGCCGCCGGGAGACAGUCAGCUCGAAGAGCAGGGAAGGGGCCAGAAGCUGCCCGUUGGCAUGCUGGUCCACAUGGCCUCCGGCCCAAGCAGGAAAGUAGCAAACUCGACACUUCUUUUCACCGAUGUGGCAGAUUUCCAGCAGAUUCUUCAGUUCCCCAGUCUGCGGACAACAACUACUGUGAGUUGGUGCUUCUUGAAUUAUACAAAACCCAAUUAUGUGCAACAGGCCACCUUCAAAUCCUCGGUUUAUGCUUCAUGGUGCAUUAGUUCCUGUAAUCCAAACCCAUCAGGAUUGAAUACCAAGACCACUCUGGCUCUUCUGAGGUCCAAGCAAAAAAUCACCGCAGAAAUUUAUACUCUGGCUGCUAUGCACAGGCCCGGAACCGGCAAGCUGACGUCAUCGAGUGCUUGGAAGCAGUUCGCUCAGAUGAAGCCUGAUGCGUCCUUUUUAUUUGGCAGCAAACUAGAAAGGAAACUAGUGGGAAAUAUCUUAAAGGAAAGAGGGAAAGGAGACAUUCACGGAGAUAAAGAUAUCGGAUCCAAACAAGCUGAGCCAAUCCGAAUUAAAAUCUUUGAAGGAGGGUAUAAGUCAAAUGAAGAUUAUGUAUAUGUCAGAGGACGUGGACGUGGGAAGUACAUUUGUGAAGAAUGUGGGAUUCGCUGCAAGAAGCCGAGCAUGCUCAAAAAGCAUAUCCGCACUCAUACUGAUGUCCGGCCUUAUGUGUGCAAGUUAUGUAACUUCGCCUUCAAGACGAAAGGAAACCUGACGAAGCAUAUGAAAUCUAAAGCGCACAUGAAAAAAUGCCUGGAGUUGGGCGUCUCAAUGACUUCAGUGGAUGAUACAGAAACCGAGGAAGCAGAAACUAUGGAAGAUUUGCACAAAGCAGCUGAAAAGCAUAGCAUGUCCAGCAUUUCAACUGAUCAUCAGUUCUCAGAUGCCGAAGAAUCGGAUGGUGAGGAUGCAGAUGAUAAUGAUGAUGAUGAUGAAGAUGAUGAUGACUUUGAUGACCAGGGAGAUUUGACACCAAAAACCAGAUCAAGAAGCACCAGUCCUCAGCCUCCUAGAUUCUCCUCCUUGCCUGUGAAUGUUGGCGCCGUACCCCAUGGGGUUCCCUCAGAUAGUUCCCUGGGACAUUCUUCAUUGAUCAGCUAUUUGGUUACUUUGCCAAGUAUUCAGGUUACUCAGCUUAUGACACCAAGUGACUCAUGUGAAGAUACCCAGAUGACAGAAUACCAGAGGUUAUUCCAGAGCAAAAGUACAGACUCAGAACCAGACAAAGACAGGUUAGACAUACCCAGUUAUAUGGAUGAAGAGUGCAUGCUGUCUUCAGAGCCCAGCUCCUCUCCGAGGGACUUCUCUCCCUCAAGCCACCAUUCCUCACCGGGAUAUGAUUCUUCACCCUGUCGGGAUAAUUCACCAAAGAGGUAUCUGAUACCCAAAGGAGAUUUAUCACCCAGAAGACAUUUAUCACCUAGGAGAGAUCUAUCACCCAUGAGACAUCUUUCACCAAGAAAGGAAGCUGCAUUGAGAAGAGAGAUGUCACAAAGAGAUGUUUCACCAAGAAGGCAUCUGUCCCCAAGGAGGCCAUUGUCACCUGGGAAAGAUAUCAUGGCAAGAAGAGACCUCUCUCCCAGAAGAGAGAGAAGAUACAUGACUUCCAUAAGAGCACCAUCUCCCAGAAGGGCUUUAUACCACAACCCACCAUUGUCUAUGGGGCAGUAUUUGCAAGCAGAGCCGAUCGUAUUGGGGCCUCCUAAUCUAAGAAGAGGAUUACCUCAGGUUCCUUACUUCAGUCUCUACGGAGACCAAGAAGGUGCUUAUGAACAUCCGGGCUCCAGCCUCUUCCCUGAGGGACCUAAUGACUAUGUCUUCAGUCAUCUUCCACUCCACUCUCAGCAACAAGUACGAGCUCCUAUCCCCAUGGUGCCCGUUGGUGGGAUCCAAAUGGUUCACUCCAUGCCGCCGCUCCUCUCUGGUUUACAUCCUCCACCCACAUUGCCUCUGCCAAUGGAGGGCUCUGAGGAGAAGAAAGGAGCUUCCGGGGAAUCCUUCGCUAAGGAUCCCUACGCUAUUUCUAAGCAGCACGAGAAGCCAUCUCCUCACCUUUUGCAGUCAUCUGGUCCACCCAGCAUGCCCUCCUCUCCUCGGCUAUUGAUGAAACAGAGCACUUCGGAAGACAGCUUAAAUGCAACAGAGAGGGAACAGGAGGAAAAUAUACAGACUUGUACAAAAGCCAUUGCCUCUCUCCGGAUUGCCACAGAAGAGGCCGCUCUGCUUGGGGCAGACCAGCCAGCACGGGUGCAGGAGCCCCACCAGAAACCCUCGGAAAGUGCACAUGUUAGCAUUAGACACUUUAGUGGACCUGAGCCAGGCCAGCCCUGUUCCUCAGCUACCCACACUGACUUGCAUGAUGGUGAAAAGGACAACUUUGGUACAUCACAGACUGCAUUAGCUCACUCCACGUUUUACAGCAAGAGUUGUAUGGAUGACAAACAGUCGGGCUUUCACGGCAGCAAAGAAUUAUCUUCAAGCACAGAGGAAGGCAAAGAACCUUCGUCGGAAAAGAGUCAGCUACAUUGAUCUCAGAUGCAUGGAGACUUUCAUUUCCACAUUUUCUUAUUUUGUUUUGUUUUUUCUAGAAAUAGAGGUAAUCAAGUUUAUAGCAUGCCUGUCCUGAGUUACAGUAGUUUGCUAUUAUAUAUACUUUUGUUAUAGCAAAAGAAUAGGUAAAUUAACAAGUCAUCAUGAGCCUGACCAAAACAAAAUUUGAAAUUAACCUAUUGGGUCUGGUACUUUUAAAACUGUACAGAUGUUUGUGCCUUUUCUUUACUUUGCUUAUAUUCUUAUAAGCAUUUUUUAGCAGUAAUUUGUACAUAUUUUAGAAUUUGUGUAUCUGCUUUGUAAUAAAUGUAAUUUCUUUCCUUUUUUGGACACUUGGAUCUAAAUGAUAUAAAGCAAAACAGCAUCAAUAUAUAUGUGAGGUUGCACUAAAACAUAUUUUUAUAUGAUUAAAACUGAACAGCUUUUAUGUACAGCUCUGAUUCUGUAAUACUAAUAUUUAUUUACCUUGUUUCAUAAAUUGUACAUUUUUUCUUAAUGUUGUGGAUUGCUUUUCUAUGUGAAGCAUGGGAUUUACUGUUGCAUAACUAGAACAAAAAUGUAUAUUGUAAACAAGAUAUUUAAACUAGAGUAUCUUAUUCUGCACUUAUGCAUUAGUUACAAAAAAGAUAAAGGAUGUAUCAGUCAGUUCUUAACUCUUGUAAAUUUUUUUGUCUCUUGUUUGCUGGAUUGACUAUAACUUAAGUGCUGAUUGUGAUUUUAAACUGAUAGUACCGUAAAGCAUUAAAGUAAACAAUGUGCUAUUGUGAGUUUUUUCAAAGCUUUAUAAAUCAGUUAUAAAUAAUAUUAAAAGUAUUUGGUCUUAUGUGAACAUGUUGAUCUAUAUACUCAUCGAAAAAUAUGGGAAAACAUUCCGCCCCAUGUAAAUAUGUACAAGUGCAUCACUGGUACAAUUUUAUGUAACUCAGUUGGACACUAGGUUGCCACAGACCUAUGCUAAGGUGUCUUUAAAAAUUAAAGUGACAAAGCACAUGGGACUUUGUAGAGCUUGGUUAUCGGCCGGCCCGGUGGCUUGGCAGGCAGUGCUGGGCGCUGCCUGUGGAGAAGACCUGGGCUUAGAAAUCUCCUUGGUUCUUGCUGCACACGACGGUGACUGAGCUAAGGCUACUAUGGAGGGGUUACUCUUGGACUCUGAGGAGUGGAUGUGGAAGCGGGGAAGAGGCAUGGAGACCUACCUGCUCAUAGCCCUUCCUGUCAGCCAGUCCACACGGUAACAGGGUUGGCAUCAGCUUUAGGAGAAGCCACUUUACCCUUUGGAAGAGGGGAAGAGUGUCACAUUUCUGGCUAUCUCAGGGGGAAUGGGAGGAAGAAGCUUUCCAGGGGAAAGAACUUGUGGGAGCAGGAGGUUUUUUGUAUAUAACAUUCAAAGUGGGCUUUGGUUGGUGGCAUAAGUGGGCAGAGCCUUUGUAGGUCCAGAGGAAUGGCAGAAAAGGAGGGUACCACAUGUGCACACACACCCCUGUGUGUGCACGCGCGCACACACACACACACACACACACACACACACACACAAUCUGGGUUAUCUUUGUGCUAUAUAGUGGAUUAUAAUUCUGUGAAACCAAGUUUGUAUAUUGAAUUACAUUAAGGAGUGUUCUUUAAAAAGAGAAAUAAAUAUACAAUUACAUGCUU